AUGAAUGUGCGAAGUCCCAUUGAAAUCUCUGACAAUAACAAACAUGCAUUCAUUUUUCACCCGGAUGACUCAAAUGUAAUUGAGAAGUACAGAGGAAGGACCAAGCUCAUUGGAAAUAAAACUGCAGGUAACUGCACCCUCCAGAUCUUAAACGUCACGGAAAAUGUACCAAACAUCUACCUGAGAGUUUUUGGAAAUGAGGAAAAAUGGAGCUUCAGCAAAGAACUUGUCUCCAUUUUUGUAUCCAGUCCAGGUGUUCCAUCAUUCACUUUCAAGCCAGAUAUUACAGCCCUACCACCACAGUUACCCACCUUUAUAACAGUGACAGUCAGUCCGCAGUCAGCAUCAAGGUAUACGGCCAUCUUUGUACCAGUUGCUGUGAUUCUGGUCAUUCUUUUUGUCAUCGGAAUCGUCUUUUACAUAAGACACAAAAGGUCACAAUCUUUCACCAGGGAGGAAUCUGGAUAUUAUGCAAAUUUUAGCCGAGCAUCAUCAAACCAAGCAGAAAGAGAAGCAUCUUGCAACAAACAAGAGAACAAGAAACUUCCUGAAGUGAAGGCUAUUGAUGAACCUAUCUACAUCAACACUGAGGCCCCUCUCGGUCAGAUGGAUCAGAGUAUGAAUGACAUGGAUAAUGUAUAUGCAAAUGUGGAUUAUACAAAAUAGCAGAGAAGCUGCAUCUCGCAAAUCUGUUUGGACUUGAACUUGUCUCUUUCAGGAGGAACAGGGAACUUUUACAUUUUGGUUUUUUAGGGACCAUUUUCCAUGGCUUUAGGCCAGUGAUACUCAACUUACGGCCCCCAGGAAAAUAUGGCCCGCAGUAGGGUGCUGGGUGGCCCGCUGACCAUUUUCUAAUUUAGAUUAAUAAUAAAUUGAUUCACAGUGGUAUAUUUUGUGCUUUGAAUGUAAAUAGAGUGCAUACCAAGCAUCAAAUUAGAGCUUGAGAGAAACAUGCCAGGGGAGAAACCCCCAGACACCUGACAGGUGUUUCUGCUAAGCUCCGAACCUCCUCAAAUCCUACACACGUUCUACUUACACAUGACCGGUCCAUGGCUGCUGUAACUGGCACCUGGCCUCCUGUAACUUUGCAAAAGUGACCCCCAGGUAAAGCAAGUUGAGUAUCCCUGCCUUCGGCUAUUUGGCGUCACAAAUCAACAUAUCCUCAUGCAACAGUUUGGAUGAUAUCUUACAAAAAGACCUUAUAGACUUACAGUAAAGUUACAUACUUAAAGUAAAGUCAUGGAAGUUCAUUUUACUAAAGGUUACAUGGUGACUAUGCACAUUAGAAUAACUUGCUUUCUCUUAGUUUCACACGGUUUACACUGAAGGAAAGUCCUGUGUUGGGUUAGUGUUAGGGUUAGGUUCCUUAGGGGAAAGUCCUGUGUUGGUUGACCCAUCCUCCACCCCUGCCUGCCUCCUUACACACACUUUCAUUCUUAACUUCCCUUCAACGCAUUAGUCAUGUGAUCACAGCCUUCCCACUUACAUUGGUUAUAGAUCACAGGUUCAUGCUUACAUGGGUCACAUAUGAACUGUGGGGCAUUACUCUUUGUGGGUAUACAUUUGGACAGUGCAUGAGAACAGCCUGUAAAAGCAGCAGCUAUUUAUUUGUAUAAUUGUAUAUUACAUUAUUAUAAGUUGUGUAUCUGGCUAUAGUAAUACACUGAUAGUGUACAGUUUAUAAUUGCUCAGAACCAGGGCUUUAAAUGUGUGUAGUAAUACAUAAUUAUUCACUUGUACCACUGUGCUCUCUGUAAAACUGUGCACAGCUGCACAGCUGAAUAACUUCACUUGUGUUUUUCCUCGUCUUUCUCAACAUGUUUGCCAAUUUACUUCCCGUGCCAUCUGUGCUGGAGCUGAAACUUCUGUUUUCUUUUCUGAUUCAAUCUCCUGUUUAGAGAUUGAGUUAUUACCCACAAUGUGACAUUUAGGACUGUACCAAACAAUAAAGACUUAAAGGUGAA